UUCUUCCACAGUUAUUUCCCUUGCGAUCCCCCUUACGUGACAGAAGAAGUGAAAGAAGCACUGUCUUUCAAACAAGCCAGGCUUAAAAUGGAAGAGGAAUUGGAUAAGAUACAACAGGAUAUGUACAAGUCAGUGCCUUUCUUCAGCACAAGAUACAAGGUUGGUUGAGUUGUGGAUUGUGUAUAGUUUGUUGUUUGAAGUCCUUUAAGUAAGCGUUUUAUAACGUACGUAGCGGCAGGGUCUGGGGGGUGAAUCCAGUUUGAAACUGCGGUUUAUUCUGGCCAAGUCUUAUUAAGCAAGGGUUAAUCUCUAUAAUUAACAAUUUUUCAUUCAGUACCCUUAAUUCACAUUGUGUACCUACAUUCUCAGGAAGCCUAUUUCUCCGUAAGUCCUCAGCUUCUAUGCAGGCUUAAUCCUUGCCAUUAUCUCUGUAUUAUAUAUAUUUUAAAUUUAUUGUGUUUUGCCAAUUAUAAACGUUCAGCUAAUGGCUAAUGGCAAAAUGAAUCAAUGAAGGAAUAAAUGAAUGAAAGAAUGAAUGAAUGAAUAAAUUCUAAUUCAAAAAGUCAUUAAUAAUUCAUAAAGAAAACUUUAGACUUUACGUCCAACUUUUUAGACCAAAGUAACCCCAAAUCUAAAUGUUAGUGCAAGAAUGAGUUGAUCUAUAUCAGAGAUUUUGAAGCCCUUCAAAACCUCGCAGUCGUGUAUUAUCAGGUUUAAAAACUCGAGGCGAAAAACACUCCUGCUCGUUUUUAAAACAGUACCUAAAGCGUAUUUGACCACGAUUAAAUCUCAUCUGUUAAUUCUUGUAAGUGCAAGGGUAAAUUAACUUGCAGGGACACGUGAUCUGGGACACCAAUGUACCAGCUAAUCUUGGAUACAUAGCUUCAAUACUGUGGCAUCAGAACAAUUGUAUUCAAGAGGCAAGCCCUGUAACAACGAUGUACGAAUUAGAGGCCGGUAGUGACUUGUGUGAGAUGCUGGGGCUGGAUCGAAAUGAAAGUAUGGGACAUUUGGUAACUGGAGGAUCAGUUGCAAACAUUGAAGCCAUGUGGGUAGCUAGGAAUCUGAAAUUCUACCCACUGGGGCUUCAAGAGGCUUUGAAAAAAGAGAAGUUAGCAGGAGCGCGUGAAUACGAGGUAAUGUUAGAGAACAAGAAACCCAUUGUUUGUCAUUUCUUAAGAAAACUGCCACCAAGAUUAUCAAACAGUGGGACCAAAAACCUUUAACCCCUCCACUGCCAAAUUCUGAGCUAAAAGCAAAUUUCGACCAAAUUUCAUUUUGUGAAAUUUUGAAAAAUAAAUAGCACCUUGUGCAAAUACAGGCAGAGAGCGUUCAUUUGAAUGGUCAGAUCAUAGGAUUUCGUCCACAGACUCAAAAGUUAGAGUCACCUUACAAAACUCUAUCAAGUACUCGGGCAGUGAAAGGGUUAAAUUACAUCAUUUGCUUUUUUUUGAUUUCCUCUAUGUAAAACAUUUUUAAAUCCUUAACAGGCUUUUUAACGGACGUUUACUUUUUUUCUGUUGGUAUAAUUUAGUUAACGUAGCUUUAACGCUAAUCCAAACUGUUUGGUGGAUGAUUUCGUCACAUUUUUAAAACUGAACGUGAAAACAAGUUUCGCUGGAAAUGGUUGAAGCGAGAGCUAAAAAAUAUGAACUGUUGAAGCUUGACUGCCACUAAAUAAAAAUUUCUAAUCUGUGUCAAUUUUGUUAUGAAGACGUACGAGAAUAGUUCUACAGUUUUGGCUCCGUGUGAAGGAAAUUCCAUAGUAAAACCAGUCAGAUGUAGUUUCUUGGUAGGAAAGUCAUGUUAACAUUUGUCGUUCAAAAAGCCAUGCCCCAAAAAAGAAAAUAACUUUAUAUUUUGAGUUAAUAGGUUUAUUAAGUCUCAACUGAAUUUUAGAUAUACCUGCCUCAAAAAGGAAAAGACGUUCGUCUUGUGAAAGCCACGAAAUGGGAGCUACUUAAUCUGGAUACUGAUACAAUUCUGAAGAUGCCAUCCGAUGUGAGCAAAAAAGCCGGUAUUAGCGAAGACGAGCUUAGCAAUCUUUUGACAAAUCACCUCUACGAGUGUAUUGGUAUCACUGAAUUUAACAAGCGUCACGGGCUGACCCAGAAUCCUUGUGUUGUGGCAGCAAGUACCUAUCACGUGUCUUUCGACAAAGCCAUGACCAUUCUGGGGAUCGGAAGGGAAAACCUUGUGCAUGUGCCAGUGGACGAGGAUGCUCGAAUAAAAACAGACCGUAAGUAUUUAGUAUGAGAAGAAGUUUGAUUACAAGUAAGAAACGCAAACGCCCUAUAUAUCAGGCACGCUUACAUUUUUUCACAUUAGUUGCGAUCGAACGCUCCUGUCAGCACUCCGCGUUCCCACAUGCGCGAGGUCUCUACUUUUUCGUUUCCUGACAAAUGGGAAAAAUGCAGUCUCUCGUCAUUAUGUCAGUUUUAGUUUAUUAGGUCUCUAGUCACUAUAAGUUGGAUUGCUUUCCUGAAAACAUGACCGCCUAGAUUAGCGUAGCUAUCUGCAGGCAUGUUAUAAUUGUAUUUAAAACUUUGAAGACAAAUAAGAAAAUGUAUGUAGGGGGUGUUGUUAGUCAGGGGGCUUAAUGGGGCAGUGUUUGUGUAAACGUCAGUAGAAUAAUUAUAGUAAUCGACUCAUUACAACUACCCUGGUUAUUCUUCAUUACCAGUAUUGCUUGAUGUUCUGAAUGAGAAGUUGAAGAAUCACAUUCCUGUAAUUAGCGUGAUAAGCAUCAUGGGAACAACGGAAGAGAGUGCUGUUGAUCCAUUGGACAAGAUCUUGGAAAUACGCGAUCAAUUGAAAAAGCAGGUACGACAGUCUUUUUUCCAACAUAUGCUCUAAAAACGUCAUCAACUUCUCUGUUUCUUUUAUUUGGAAUAAAUGAGCUUUUACAGAUGUAAUUACCAGACAUGUAGACAGUACUACUAAAGUUCACACCCUGUUCAAGGCAUCUGGACCAGAUAGACACCCUGUUCAAGACACUGAAUAGUGAAAUUGUGUACCCUGUUCUAGACUUCGCCUAGUCCUUGUACGGCGUUUCCCAGGCCUCCUCCGUCAAUUCACUUCGGUGACGUAUAUGAGGCUCGGACCACGUGACCCAAAAUGCAUUGGCCGCACGGAAUAAUAACGCCUAAGGACUAGGCAAUUAUAGACUCAAGUCCUUGAAAACCAUACUCCAGUCGGCGGCGCAUACCCGAUUAGGCCAAGUAAGGGAGUGCUCUCCCCAAGGGGGGUAUACACAACCCAUGAAUAGCAAUCAUGUCUUUUCUUGAUCAGGGGCUCAAUUUUAGCAUCCACGCAGACGCCGCCUGGGGAGCUUACUUUGCGAGCAUGCUACGGGACCCACCAGCAGGCCUAUCCAAGCAGAACGUUGAAGACGAAGGGUUUGUUCCUGAACUUUCCCUCAAUGAAUUUGUCAUCAAGCAGAUGGAGGUAUUUCUAGCCCUUAACCCUUUAAACCCUAACAUCAAAAUUAAAGUUCUUAUUUGAUUCAAGUGCACUUGGAAAUCUUAAGUCGCUCUAUAGAACACAUGGCUUCACACUUGUUGACAAAGUAUAUUACUUGAAGUAAAAGCUGUCAAUCUCUCCCUUCAUUCAGGGAGAAUCUUGGAACCGCUGAACGUACUCAUAGUGCAAUUGGCUUCCAUUUCUUAAUGGUCAAGUGUGUUCUCAAGUGUGGUGUAGACCAUACUUGGCCGCGAACUUCGGCUUCUUUGAACUACGAACGUUUCCAUGGUCACCAAUUAACGUUGAAGUAGGUACAUUUUACCCUUUCACACUCAAAAUAGGUUCCAAGUACACUUACAUUAUACUUGAAGCUCUAGUGAGAAACCCACAAAUUUGCAUACCUCUACAGUACAGAAUGCGAUUUCCAAUUCAUAGUUAUUACAAUUACAUGUACAAAUAAUUUGUCUAUGUGUUUCUUGAAGAAAAUUAAAGAAUGUGACACUAUCACUGGCGACCCACACAAAUCGGGAUUCUGCCCGUAUCCGGCCGGGGCAAUAUGCUAUCGCAAAAAGGAGCUGAACAACUUUGUCAACUUCACGAGCGAAACAGUUUAUUAUCAUGGGAAAAAUAACCUUGGGGAUCUGGGCAUUGAAGGUUCAAAGCCCGGUUCGGCUGCCUCGGCCGUGCAUAUGGCCAACAAGGUAAUCGUUUCCUUGUUAAUCUUGUUAUGUUUUGAGAGAAAGGGGGAAGAAACGUCAGUUCUUUGAGAAGAUACUGAUAAAGACAAAAAAUUGGAGAUAUCAUAUUCGGAUGCAGUUGUUCAACACAGUAUUAUAUCACGGCAAUCGGUUUCCUGGGAGCACUACUCUCUUCUUUAAAGUUUCAUUUCGCUACAAACGGUUUCUCCUGACCGAUUAACCCACGACUGCUUCCCUGGUGGACAUCUUAUUAAUUUUGAACCCGGCGCAUGAGCUUUAUAAGCUUAAAUUUAAAACGAAGACAAACAUGCCUCUUAAAUACAGGUUGUAGUUAAAACCAGGAGAAGCAUCAGGUGGAGAUGUGCUUCGGAAAUGUGGUUUUCAGGAUGUUUUAAAAUAACUUUUAAAUUCCGAUUUCUCUUCAGUAGAUUAGGAUUUAUGUCAGCCAUUUGCUGAUUAAAUUUGCCCGCUGAUUAAGAUAUAACAAGCAAAUGUCGGUAUUCAUUCUCCUCUUAGGUUAUUGGUCUUCACAAGGAUGGUUAUGGCCGACUUUUAGCUGAAUGUAUGUUUACUGCAAAGGUCCUUUACUGCUACUUGGUUUGCAUGGCAGAAGAUGAUGACGAUUUCGUUGUUGAGAUGACAAAGCCCCUACCUGCUGGUGUCACGAAAGACUACAUAAGGAACAACAUCAUCGGAAAAACCAACGAGGAACUGGCGAAUGUAAAGUGUUAUAGUCAUUUUCACCGUUACGCGGUCUUUGUAAUCACAAUUACUUGGAAAUAGACAGGGUACCUUACAAUGAAAUUAGAUGAUGACUCGUAGAAGCAAAACAAUUCCUAGUAACUCCCAGUUUGAUUAAAGUUGAUACCUCAGUUGUCUACAAUUCAUACUGCUCUUUAUACUGCAGUUCAUACUAGUUAGCGUUAAGUCUCCGGGCGUUGGAUACAGCUUGGUUUAAUUUGUACUUGAUGGCAGUUACCAAAUUGUCAAGUCGAAGGGGCAUAUUAUGAAAAGGAUUUUUUCGUUUAGAAUUUGGAGGGGUUGUAUUCAGUGUGUUACAAGGUGCCCUGCUAUUUGAGGCCGGGUUACUUUCCUGAAUUCUACCGACCUCAUUUUACCGACCUCAUACCUGUAGAACAAAUAUUAAAAAAUUUUCGAUCCUGUUUCAAGGUCCUAGAAUAUGGAAUUCAUUACCAAACGACAUCAAAAAUGCCCCGUCUUUUAGUAUAUUCAACUGUGUGAUCAAACCAUUUUUAAGGGUCAGACAGAAUGCAACCUAAAUACCUUAACACCUCAUAUCUAUAUUUUCCUCUAAACACACUUAUAUACUUGAAUAAACGACUUUUUUCUUUAUUUCUUAAAAUGCCGCCUAGUAUUUAAAUUGCCCGUGGGGGGAAAUCUCUAUUCCUCAUACGCUCGGCUUCUCGGAGAUUUCCCCGCCACAGUCACUCCUCCCAAGUAAUGCACAAAUUUUAAAUUUAAUGUUAAUUAACCUAUUUAUUAUCGUUUUUAUUCUGCUUGUAAUUCAUUGUGUGUGGCAAAAUAAUAAAAUAAAUAAAAAUAAAUAAUUCUACGUUACGCACCGUUUUUCCUUCUCAACAGGACGAUGAGCUGAUGAAAACACUUCGAAGAGUUGGCCCUGACACUUUGAUUCCCUGUUUCGCGGUUAAUAUCCGUGAUAAUAAGGAUGUUCAAAUAGCCAACGAAGUCAACCAAGCAGUUUUUAACGACCUGUCUCACAUAUCAGCUGAAGAAACAAGCCAGCGGAUUCCUUUGAUUGUGACUCUAUCCACCAUGGAAGCUCUCAAGCACCCUUUAAAAGCAUUCAAGAAAAGGCUUGGGGUACGCAUGCCAAUUACGGCUUUAAGAUUCUAACAGUUCUUACUAACGUAAGCAUGAAAAUCUCCAUCGAGCGCAGCGGAAAGGCCACUGUAGCUAAUUUAAACUUGGGUUACACCUUGUUUACUUUGAAACCCCAUCAUAUGCAACAACGUCCUAGAUCGAGCGAGAAAGGCUUGUUACUAUUCCAUAGCAAUAACUCGAGACCCCCUGAGGGGAAUAAAGAUGGGGAAAGUACGAUUAACUAGCUUAAAAGCAGAAAAGUAAAACAAAGUUUUGUGUCAGUUCUUUUCAACUUAUUAUGACUAUAAUAAUAAUAAUUAUUAUUAUUAAUUAUUAUCAUCAACUCUCUUAUUUUUGAUGAUCAAAUAAAGCUUGACCCCGACCACAAAGAUGGAGUGAAAUACAUUAUAACAACCUGUUUGGAUCCGUGGUCAACCUCACUGGAUUUUGUGGAUGACAUGGCUGCCAUACUAAGAAAUGCCACCCUUAACGCCAUUGGAACAGUAAGUGCAUAGGGUGGGAUUCCUGUGUUUGCUUUCACACUACAGGGCCCAGCUGUCCGAAGGCCGAUUAGCGCUUAACCCGGGGUUAAAUUUAACAUGGGUUUCCUUUUUUUUGUUCUAAAGCAUUUUCUCGGAUUAUUUUCUCUGUUAUUCUUACGAGUAUCCAAUCAUUAACCUGUUGACAGAAAGAAUUAAACCGAAUUUACUUUUUGAACUUUUAAAUCUGAAUUCAAAUUUCGCACUAACCCUGGGUUAUCUUAACCCAGCUUUGAACAACCCGGCCCAGGACAAACUCCUUUGGCUGGGUGUUUUCUAACAACAUGCGCAAAAUCAAAAGAGUUUUGAACGGAAAAAAGCACCUAUUGCUAUCAACAGCUUUUCAUAGCAAAAUGACAGGUAAACGAGAAAAUUAAAGCAGCCAAAUCAUAGGCAGAAAUAAGCAUUAGAAGAUUAGUAAAAAUAUUCCAAAGAUGGAUGAAAUAUCAUGACAAAAAUGAUUGCUCUUUCUGGGUGAGCCUGUAGCGGUGUAUAACUUCUAAAGCAAGAGCCGACUAGAGAGGGUAUUUGUCGUUUCAAAUUAUCUAGCACAUACUCAUUCUCACUGGCACCUGAAUACUAGUUUUUCACCUUGGAAAAAAAGCAAUGACAUCCACUCUGGAUUAAUUAAACGUUCCUGAGAGUUGUCAGUUCUACGCCUUAAAUAGUCUUGGGGCUAAUAUUGAUUUAACCAAGUCUAAAAGCGGAGCUCGUGCUCAUGGAUAGAUAAAUACAUUUCCUUACCCAUGGUGUCUAGUUAUAAGUCUUAUUACUUUCUUCGUGAAUUUUUUUUCCAAAUUAGGUUCAGGACCAAGAGGACAAUCACUCCUUUGUCAGCGGUGACAGGGUGAAUGGAAACAAAGAAAUCUUUGUCUGCUAUGUAGGUAACUUCAACCAGCCUCAGCGUCAGUACUUCGCGGUUGCUAGGUUCCGUUUUACUUCUGAUGAAGACGUGCGCACAUUUGAGGAUAAGUCAAGUACCACCUCCAAACCGAUCGUUCUGCGAAGUUCCCAGAAGAAAAUUCUCCAUAAUGUCUUGUAUAACGACACCGGAUCGCUGGAAGAGGAGUUUGACUUUUACGAAGGUCUUCCAACUGAGAGCAGUAAGCCCUUCAUGCGUAACAGAAUGAUGAAAGUCGUUGAUGUCCCUCGCUAUGACCAUUUUGACAAAGCUGAUGACCAGUACCCUGAGUCUGCAACCUACAUCUUGUACGGCGACGUAGGACAUGCCUACCUGUUCCAUUCACCGACUAAAGACCCAGAUUACCUACAGGUAAAGUUACUCGGGACUAAAUUAAAAUCUUUUUUUUAUGUUACGAGCAGUUGGCGAUCGUGGAUAAUUGUCCAGACUUGACAUACCAACCGGACUCUCAGUUGUCAUGAAGGAAAUCAUAGGUUUGUAACUUUUCAAUUCGUGUUGAGGCCCAAAACUUUACCCGCCCUACAUACAGUGUUUGACUACUGUAAGGUCAAAGGCUUUUAAAUGGACGUAAUUAUACAUUAUUAUAUACAUGUUUUUUUCUCUAAGGGCUGCAAGAAUUUAAGUACCAAGAAAGAGUCUCAUCUAUAUGGACACCUAGACAUAAUUUUUUACCUAAAGAAAACGCUUUAUUAAGAAUCCCCCUCAAGUUAACCACGUCUUGAGCUUUAAGUUUAUAGCAAGUCCCUCACCACCUCAGCCCUCCUCUCACGAAACCACAGAAGGCACAAUGUCUUAGGUCACUGCUUGUUUUUUUCUCAACAUUUCAAAUUCCAAUUUCAAUCGUUGCGUAAAGUUGCAUACGGCUAAGGAAGCUAAAUGUGCUUAAGUACCACGUUUGUCUGAUUGUACGUGGCAAGUGCAAGCAGACAGUAUAGUGUAUCGCUACAUUCAAACAAAGAAAUUCAUGCAUGUAUCAUGUCGUCUUUGAUUGCUUGAAAGUUUAGGACUACGCCCCCUUGUAUAGCAAGCCCAAAAAGUCCCACCCCCCGUCAUUGCAACUCCGGUGAGGGACUUUUGAAUAGGUUAUACUACUUCUUCUAUCGGGGCCACCUUUCCCAAAGUGAAAUUCAAGUGACUCACUGAGCCCUUUCUACGCAGCGGUUAUUUGUCUCUCCACGCGCAAGUACUACAUGCUAGCGCUACAUAAAAUAAUUGAGACAGAAAAAGGACUACUUUAGACAUUUAACGACUGGUAAGGGCAUGAAAGGACGAAUAGGUACAGAAAAGUGCAUAUGAGGACAGAAAAGAACAAGCGAGGAGUAAAAAGUACAGAAAAGAAAGAGCAUGAGGAAAGUAUUUCAGUGUGCACACGCACAGUUCUCAAUUAAUUUAUGUUGCACGGCUAUAUGGUUUGCUAACAUGUGUUUUAUGCCCGUCACUCAACGUCAAGCUCCUCUCCUCCUUAUUUGGGGAGGAGCGUUGCGUGACGUGACAAAUAACAGCUGUGUGAGAGACUAUUUCUGUACUCUCUUUUGCUCACGAUGUCGUCUUUUUUCUUUUUCAUCGCCUAGAUUGUACGUCUUGCAGAAGCCCCUUCUGGUCUCGGUGAAUCUCAAGAAAAAGAUAUGAUCCUCAAACAAGGCGUAAAUGCUGAACUCUUGGAUGUCCCUGGAUCACCUCAGUUUGACCCGGAAGGAAAGAUUGUUGACCCUCUGCAAAACCCAACGAACCAGUACGAGAUAAAUUUCAUCGGAAUUGAUGGGAAGGAAGUGAAAACGCCUGUUGUGAUAGAACAGAAGAUUUGGUUUGAUGGCGAAAUUUUGAACAAGUCCGUGGUAUCUUAA